CGAUUUCCCAGUUGGUCUAAUAAAAGGUAUAGUUUUGGAAGCAAGAGUUCUAGUUUUUUUGUAUGUGUUCAGGUAACAAGCAGCUGACCAAGGGGACAAGCAGCAACCUUAAAGAUUAACUACCCGAACAAGUUAAAAGACAUUGUGGCUGUGGAGGCAAAGCAUGUGUUCUGGUCUGAUUGAGAACUAUGUGGCGGCUAUGAUGCUGAGUGCAGCUGGUGAUGCUCUGGGCUAUUACAAUGGAAAAUGGGAGUUCCUCCUGAGUGGUAAGGAGAUUCAUGAGGAGCUGAAAAAGAUGGGAGGCCUGGACAAGAUUAAUAUAUCAGGCUGGAAAGUCAGUGAUGAUACUGUGAUGCACCUGGCAACAGCAGAAGCCCUGAUAGCUGCUGGAGGACAGCCUGAGCUCCCACAGUUAUAUUCCCUCCUAGCGAAGCACUACAAGGACUGUAUGGCUCACAUGGCGGGUAGAGCUCCAGGUCGUACUUGCAUUAUGAAUGCAGCAAUGCUGCAGCCAGACAAACCAGAGGGCUGGAAGAUCCCAUUCAGUAAGACGGCAGGAGGAUGUGGAGCUGCAAUGCGGUCCAUGUGCAUUGGGCUGAGGUUCCAUCGUCCUGAGCAGCUGGACAGAUUGAUUGAAGUCAGCAUUGAGAGUGGACGAAUGACCCAUCAUCAUCCAACUGGCUAUCUGGGAUCCCUGGUUUCUGCUCUCUUUACUGCCUAUGCUGUGAAUCGCAAACCCGUUCAACAAUGGGGAAAGGGGCUGAUGGAAGUGCUGCCAAAGGCUAAAGCUUACGUCCAGAAUGCAGGUUACUUUGUGGAAGAGAACAUGGAGCACUGGUCCUAUUUUGAAGAGCAGUGGAAAAAAUACCUGAAGAUAAGGGGCAUUUUGGAUGGGGUAUCUUCUCCUACCUUCCCAAAAGCAUAUGGUGUGAAGGAGAGAGAUAUAUUUUAUACCUCCGUGAGUUACUCCGGUUGGGGAGGCAGCAGUGGACACGAUGCCCCAAUGAUUGCUUAUGAUGCCAUUCUUGGUGCAGGUAACUCCUGGACAGAGCUUGCCCACAGGGCCUUUUUCCAUGGUGGUGACAGUGACUCUACAGCUGCCAUUGCUGCAUGCUGGUGGGGAGCCAUGUAUGGCCUUGAAGGAGUCAGUGUAAAUCUUUAUAGACAGCUGGAGUUCAAAGAGAGGCUAGAGACUGUAGCAGAGUCUUUGUAUCAAAUAAGUUGGCCAUAAAAAGGUGAUGACUCUUGAAAUCACUUCUCAAACUAGUUUCAGCCCGUGCAAGUAUGUGUAUGAGCUUCUUGUGCUUUUUCAAUUAAUGCUGGGGUUUUUGUACUACACAUUAAGGCAACCUGGCAUAGCAGCUAUCUUUUUGGCUUCCUGACACCACUAGCAGAAAUGCAGUUCUAGAAUAAUCAAAGCAUGGACAGUUGGGCUAAGACUUUGUAAGCAACGGUUAGCAUAGCUGAUGCUAGGUUGAUUUAAGGACACUAACAGAUGUUCAGCUCCCUGCUGUAACUCAUGGCACUUUACAGAAAGCCCCAUGAGUUACAGUGGCCCCUCCACACCCCA